UGUAGUGCGCAUGUGCAUUAUCUCCGGCGGUUCGACCUCUGUUUUCGGUGAGUGAAACAGCGUUGACAGAUUUCACCCUGAACACACCAAUCUACAUUCAUCCGCUGUUUUUAACUACACACCGCGGCGGUUUGAAUGAGAGUGUUGUUGUUAAGAGUUAUUGUCCUCUUCAAGUGAGCCGUAUUUUUGAAGUUCAAGUCCCGGGCCGAUCAAAAGCACCUAAAGCUCAAAAUGUUCACCUGCGCAAAGUUCGUCUCCACACCCGCCCUGGUGCGUGCAAGCUCUCGUGCCCUGUACAGACCAGUUUCUGCUGCUGUCCUGUCCAGACCUGAGGUCAAACCAGAGGUCGGUGCUGCUGUCCUGUUCCAGUCGCCCUUCACUCAGGUGGCCCUCAGAAGCUUCCAGACCAGCGCCGUGAGCUGCGACAUUGACACCGCUGCUAAGUUCAUCGGAGCUGGAGCUGCCACCGUGGGAGUGGCUGGAUCCGGUGCUGGAAUCGGAACAGUGUUCGGGAGCCUUAUCAUCGGUUAUGCCAGGAACCCAUCUCUAAAGCAGCAGCUCUUCUCUUAUGCCAUCCUGGGUUUUGCUCUGUCUGAAGCUAUGGGGCUCUUCUGUUUGAUGGUUGCUUUCUUGAUCCUGUUCGCCAUGUAAAAAAACAUUUGUGUACACGCAUUUGGUACAGUUGUGACUACAUAUUUUUGCUGUUGUUACCAAAAUGUCUGCUGGUUGAUAUUUUUAAUUUUUUUUUAAAUGUUAAGUCCACUCAGUAAAAAGAAGAAAUCAUGUAACAAAGAAUUGUUUAACUAUUUAAACCUUGAAUCACGUUCAUGCCCAUUGAAUGAGAAAGGCAACAGCUCCAAUAGUGCUAUUGGAACAUCGACCUGAAAUUCGAAACUAUAGAACUUGAUUGCACUUUCUGUACAUCAGAAUUGGAGAAUUCAAUGUGCAGACUGUAAGGGUCCACUCGGAUAGCAUGACUGUAAAUAUAUACCAGUUGGUUGAAAGCCAGUUCAAAAACCUUAAUUGCUUUUGUAAAUUGCAUUAAAUUUAGAUCAGUUACACAGACUUUGUGGUGCAUUUUAUUUUUCUUCACACACAGCUACAUUCACCAGUCAUGUGUAGUGGUGUACCAGCAUGCAAAGUUAUUGAACUUCUGUAAAAGCUGCCACAGAUGCGUCUAUGCUUGGCCUGCCCUGAUGGCAAUAAAACGGGUGAUUUAUGAAAGGAUGGCUUUUAAUU